CACCAGGUUGUUGUUGAAAAAUUUGUGAUUACAGAAGCUGUUUUCUUUUGUUUAGGAUAAUGUAAGUUAUCUUUAAUAACACUUACACAAACAUCUGAAACAUCUGAAGGAUGUUUUCCCCCGAGGAGUUUAUUCGCCCACCCGAGUGCCCCGUAUAUCAUCCACUCGGAGACGACUGGCUCGACCCCCUGGGCUUUAUUGCAAAAAUAAGACCAGAGGCAGAGAAGCAUGGGAUAUGUAAAAUAAUACCACCGCCGGAGUGGCAGCCACCCUUUGCUAUUGAUGUGGACAGAUUUAAGUUCUCACCACGUAUUCAGAGGCUUAGCGAACUAGAGGCGACGACACGCGUGAGGCUGGAGUUUUUCGACAAAAUUUCCAAGUUCUGGGAGCUUCAGGGGUCGCCACUGAAGCUUCCCACUGUUGACAAAACAGUGUUGGAUCUGUACAGGCUGAGAAAGGUGGUGAAGGAUGAGGGAGGGUACGAGACUGUCACACUGCGAAAGCUCUGGCCGAAUGUCAGCCGGCUCAUGGGGUUCAUGUCGACGCCCAGCAAGGGCAUGGCUGGAAUGCUGAAGCAGCACUACGACAGGAUCCUCUACCCGUACGAUAUCUUUGCAGCCGGAUUACGCCUAAACAAAGAGGGCGGCCAAACCAAGACGGGAAAAGACGCGAAGUCGAACGCCCAACGGCCAGAAUCGGUGACGUCGCGACGAUCGAAACGAGUCGCCAAGGAGGCGAUCGUCGAGGAGAAGAUAUCCGUCGACUACGAGGCCAACAAGGAGCUGAAACGACUGCAGUUCUACGGCCCAGGACCAAAGGCAGCUGUUACAUGUGUUAUAGGCGAGACGUUUGCAGGAGACAAAGAUCAAGCAGGUGGCGCCACCAAGGGCAGGGAGACGAAGCUCAUCAGUUAUGCCGAGAAGUACGUGUGUCUGACGUGCGGGCGAGGAGAGGAGGAGGACAAGCUGCUGAUCUGCGAAAGCUGCGACAACACCUACCACAUGUUCUGCCUCGUGCCACCGCUGCCCGCGCUGCCCUCUGGCGACUGGAGAUGCCCUCAAUGCGUGCGCCAGGAGUGCGACAAGCCAAGGGAGCCGUACGGCUUCAACUACACGACGCGGCAGUACAGCCUGCAGACGUUCGGAGAGAUGGCCGACACCUUCAAGGCAGAGCACUUCAACAUGCCCGUACACAUGGUGCCGUGCGACGUUGUCGAGCGCGAGUUCUGGCGUCUGACGCGCGAGGUCGCCGAGGACGUGUCGGUGGAGUACGGCGCCGACGUGAGCACGCGGGAGAGCGGCAGCGGCUUCCCGACGGCGGCGACGAGGCAGCUGUUCCCCGACGAUGAUGAGCAGUACGUCAGCGCCCCCUGGAACCUCAACAACCUGUCCGUGCUGAGCGCGUCCGUGCUGCGCUACAUCAACGCCGACAUCUCCGGCAUGAAGAGCCAUGCAGUCAUCAAGCUUCUUGGUGAGGACCUCAUGUUCCUCAUCGUACUGAUGUUUUCCCCCGAGGAGUUUAUUCGCCCACCCGAGUGCCCCGUAUAUCAUCCACUCGGAGACGACUGGCUCGACCCCCUUGGCUUUAUUGCAAAAAUAAGACCAGAGGCAGAGAAGCAUGGGAUAUGUAAAAUAAUACCACCGCCGGAGUGGCAGCCACCCUUUGCUAUUGAUGUGGACAGAUUUAAGUUCUCACCACGUAUUCAGAGGCUUAGCGAACUAGAGGCGACAACACGCGUGAGGCUGGAGUUUUUCGACAAAAUUUCCAAGUUCUGGGAGCUUCAGGGGUCGCCACUGAAGCUUCCCACUGUUGACAAAACAGUGUUGGAUCUGUACAGGCUGAGAAAGGUGGUGAAGGAUGAGGGAGGGUACGAGACUGUCACACUGCGAAAGCUCUGGCCGAAUGUCAGCCGGCUCAUGGGGUUCAUGUCGACGCCCAGCAAGGGCAUGGCUGGAAUGCUGAAGCAGCACUACGACAGGAUCCUCUACCCGUACGAUAUCUUUGCAGCCGGAUUACGCCUAAACAAAGAGGGCGGCCAAACCAAGACGGGAAAAGACGCGAAGUCGAACGCCCAACGGCCAGAAUCGGUGACGUCGCGACGAUCGAAACGAGUCGCCAAGGAGGCGAUCGUCGAGGAGAAGAUAUCCGUCGACUACGAGGCCAACAAGGAGCUGAAACGACUGCAGUUCUACGGCCCAGGACCAAAGGCAGCUGUUACAUGUGUUAUAGGCGAGACGUUUGCAGGAGACAAAGAUCAAGCAGGUGGCGCCACCAAGGGCAGGGAGACGAAGCUCAUCAGUUAUGCUGAGAAGUAUGUGUGUCUGACGUGCGGGCGAGGAGAGGAGGAGGACAAGCUGCUGAUCUGCGAAAGCUGCGACAACACCUACCACAUGUUCUGCCUCGUGCCACCGCUGCCCGCGCUGCCCUCUGGCGACUGGAGAUGCCCUCAAUGCGUGCGCCAGGAGUGCGACAAGCCAAGGGAGCCGUACGGCUUCAACUACACGACGCGGCAGUACAGCCUGCAGACGUUCGGAGAGAUGGCCGACACCUUCAAGGCGGAGCACUUCAACAUGCCCGUACACAUGGUGCCGUGCGACGUCGUCGAGCGCGAGUUCUGGCGUCUGACGCGCGAGGUCGCCGAGGACGUGUCGGUGGAGUACGGCGCCGACGUGAGCACGCGGGAGAGCGGCAGCGGCUUCCCGACGGCGGCGACGAGGCAGCUGUUCCCCGACGACGAUGAGCAGUACGUCAGCGCCCCCUGGAACCUCAACAACCUGUCCGUGCUGAGCGCGUCCGUGCUGCGCUACAUCAACGCCGACAUCUCCGGCAUGAAGGUGCCGUGGCUCUACGUUGGCAUGUGCUUCUCUGCCUUCUGCUGGCACAUAGAGGACCACUGGAGCUACUCCAUCAACUAUCUGCACUGGGGCGAACCGAAGACGUGGUACGGCGUGCCGAGUCGCGACGCCGACCAGUUUGAAGCGGUGAUGAAGGCGCAAGCGCCGGAGCUGUUUGAAGCGCAGCCGGACCUACUGCAUCAGUUAGUCACCACGCUGCAUCCCAACCUGCUCAUGACCAAGGGCGUGUCGGUUGUGCGUACGGACCAGCAGGCUGGUGAGUUUGUCAUCACCUUCCCGCGCGCCUACCACGCAGGACUCAACCAGGGAUACAACUGCGCCGAGGCUGUCAACUUCACACCGGCCGACUGGAUACCGAUGGGGCGUAAGUGCAUCGAGAACUACCGGCUACACCAGCGCCACUGCGUGUUCUCUCACGAGGAGCUCGUCUGCAAGAUGGCCGCCGACCCAGACGUGCUCGACCUGUCAAUCGCCGCGGCAACGCACACCGACAUGCUGCUCAUGGUCGAGCAGGAGAAGAAGCUGCGCAAGGCUCUGCUGGAGAAGGGAACGACGACGGCUGAGAGAGAGGCGUUUGAGCUGCUGCAGGACGAUGAGAGGCAGUGCUCGUACUGCAAGACCACCUGCUUCCUGUCUGCCGUCACCUGUCCCUGCAAGCCAGAGGAUCUCGUCUGCCUGUAUCACGUGGACAAGCUGUGUUACUGCUCCCCGACAAAGUACUGCCUCAGGUACCGCUACACGCUGGACGAGCUGCCGGCGAUGAUGCACAGAUUGAGGCUGCGUGCGGAGUCGUUCGACCGCUGGGCAGUGCAGGUCAAGAACGCCCUGGAGGCUCCCGAGGGGGAGAAGCUAGGACUGGUGGAGAUGCGGGAGCUCGUUAAGGAGGCUGAGGAGAAGCACUUCCCGGACGGAGAGCUCCUGCAGGCGCUGAAGUCGGCGAUCGCGGAGAGCGAGAAGUGCGGGUCGGUCGCGCAGCAGAUAGUCUCACGCAAGGUCCGCACGAGGAGUAAGCAGGCGGCGGCGGUGAGCGAGAGCGGCGGCGGCGGCAGCAGCAGCAGCAGCAAGCAGGACGCGAAGCUGACGCUGCACGAGCUGGAGCUGUUCUCGGAGCAGAUCAGCAAUCUUCCGUGCGAGAUCCGCGGCGCCUCACUCAUCAAGGAUCUGCUGGAGCGCAUAUACGCCUUCCAAUCCGACUCACAGAUGGCGCUGCAAGCCGACCCGCCCAGCUCAGAAAAUCUCAAGAAGCUUUUGGACGUCGGACAGAAUCUGGACAUCGAUCUGCCAGAGCUGCCUGCCCUCGUUCAGCACAUGCACCGCGCGCACUGGCUGGACGAGGUUAACGUGACAAUGGCGGACCGCGGCGGCGGCGGCGGCGGAGGUGGAGGGGUCGGCAUGGACGCGUUGCGCCACCUGCUGGAGGCCGGCGUGACGCUGGCGCCGCACCCAGCCGUCGAGCGAACGAUGGCGCACCUACAGGAGCUGCUAACGCUAAGCGAACGCUGGGAGGAGAAGGCGCGCAUAUGUCUGCAGGCCAGGCCACGGCAUGUCAUGGCAACGCUGGAGGCCAUCAUCCACGAAUCGAGAGGCAUCUCCGUCUACCUGCCAAACAUAUCCGCUUUACGGGACGCUCUGAAGAAGGCCAAGGACUGGACGGCGAAAGUAGAAGCGAUCCAGAAAUUGUCCUUAGACACUGAAUCGUGGUUACUGAGUCAACACUUCCCCACAUUGCAAGGGCAGAAAAUAUCCGAAAACAUUCAAUCCUUGCUACUUGUAAUGGCGAACAAAAGAGAAGCGGAGAAGAAAGUCAAAGUCGGCGACAAGAGGAAGCUGGUGAAGGAGAGAAGGAAGCCGAGGAAGGUUGGCGGCGGAGAGAGGGAGGGCGACACGGCCAUGAAGCUGGGGAGCAAGGAGGAUGACGACAAUGUGUGCGCGGCCGAAACCUGCUUCAAACCGACGGGUGCGUACUGUGACUUUGAAUGCGAGCACGUAGACUGGGUGCAGUGUGACGGCGGCUGCGACGACUGGUUCCACUACCUCUGCGUCGGCAUCAGCGACGCCGACAUGGACGACUCCUCCGACUACAUCUGCUACCGAUGCUCGCACAAAGGUGGCGCCGCCGUGAAAGUGGAGCCGCCAGAGGGCGCCGACCCCGAGGACACGAUCGUCUCCGUCGUGUCGACGCCCGUCGACCGCAGCCCCCAGGAGGCGCUGGCGGCGGGCGCGAUCAUGGAGGAGGGAUUGGCAGAGGAAGCCCCGCACGCGGCGAUGCCCGUCGCCGGGGAAGUCGUCAUCGAGUCGUCAUCCUCAGCAUCCGAUCCCCUACCUCCACCCCCGCAGCCUCCGCAGCCACCUCAGCAGCAUCAGCAGUACGUCGUGCCGUCGCCACUUCCCGCCGCGUCCGACACGCACGCCGACGCCGACAGCUUACAGCAGCACCUGCUCGCGAAGACUGCGCUGCUCGUGGCGACCUCUGGCGGCGGCAGCGAGCACGCGUACUCGACGGCGUCGAAGGCGGCAGCGGGUCCCUCUCCCAGGAAACAUGCUCGCAAGUCGCCGCUCGUGCCACGACAGCUGGAGGCCCCCACCCUGGAGCUGUCGCCGGGUGGACGAGCCCAACUCGAGGGGCUCAUGAUGGAAGGCGACCUGCUGGAAGUCUCGCUAGACGAAACGCAGCACAUCUGGCGCAUCCUGCAGGCGUGCAAGCCCAAGGACGAGGUCAAGUUCAUGGAGUUCGACACAUAG